GACCUACGUAUCGUCUGGCUACACCUCAACGUUGAACUUCACGCCUACAAAGGACGUCCAUUUUGGAACCGUCUUUUGUUCUGCGGUUAACGCCGUGGGAAAACAGGAGACGCCAUGUUUGUACAAGAUUGUGCAUGCCGGUCGCCCUGCGCCUCUACAAAACUGUUCUAUAGCAAACCACAACUCGAUCAGCUUACUUGUAGAAUGCGUCGAAGGCUUCGACGGGGGACUAACACAGAUUUUCGUCAUGGAGGUCUUAGAGCUGCCGUCGUUGUUGGUACGAGCCAACGUGACCUCGAACCACACACCCUCCUUCGAAGUUUACAACCUAGAUCGAGGCUCCAGCUAUUCCCUCAACUUGUACGCAAGCAAUGCCAAAGGAAGAAGCGAGGUGGUCACCCUAUAUACCGUCGCUUUGAGAUCGCCGGACAAGUACAUAG